GCAUUAUGAAAAUCCUACAUUUCCGAGUCCUAACAAUGCUAACAGGUCUUCAUUUUACUGGAACAAUGACAGGCCCAUCCAGAAAAGGCAGUAUCUUAUUCAGUCUGGAGUGCCGAUGGAAUGGACAUCUGACAAACUGUUCUUUUACUGCAAGGCGUGAUACCCGUGCGGACAUGCCCCAGCCAGCGGCCACGCUGGAUGCAAGUGCCGGUUUCCUUAGGGAUCUCGUACAGUCUCGCGUGAGAAAAGACUGGAAUAUAAAACAUCUGGACCUCAGUAACAAUCACAUUUCGAACAUCAGCUUAAGCCCUCUUGCCCACUUCCACACUUUGGAAAUACUAAACCUCAGCAACAGUUCCAUCCGCUCGCUCUCUCUGGAUCUACCCAGUGCCAAGUCCUCGUGGGGGAAACGCCACAGAAGCAGCAGCAGGCAUAGGCUUCCAUUUCUAAAGUUGUUAAUUCUUCAAAGAAACAAACUCACUGACAUUCCCAAGGGACUUCGGAACCUGAAAUCAUUACAGAGUCUGGACCUGUCGUUCAAUGGGAUAACGCAGAUCGGUCUGUCGGACCUCUGGAACUGCCCACGGCUGGAGAACCUCUACUUAAAAAGCAACAAGAUAUUCAGGAUUCAUCCAGAAGCCUUCAAGGACCUCAAGAAGUUACAGGUUGUAGACCUCAGCAACAAUGUUCUGACCGCCAUCCUACCCAUGAUGGUCAUUGCUCUGGAACUUCCACAUCUGGAGGUGGACUUGGCCGACAACCCGUGGCAGUGUGGCUACAGCGUGGCAGCCUUCCAAAAUGUCAUUUCUGACUCCUGGAGGAAAACGUGGAAUGGCAUCUGCAGCGAGUCUGUGGGGGACGAGGAGGCCUACCGGUGGACCCCCCAAAGCAGAAGUUCCAGGGAGACCCACCUUCCUCAUCAUCCCACGAAGCCUGUGAAAAGCCUCCCACCCAGCAGAGCCGAGAGGCCCCAGGCAGGCGGGUCUGAGCGCUCCGACACCCCGGGAACGGAGGGCGCCCCGGCCAGCGGGAGGCCCCACCGGCGGUCCAGGUGGGCUAGGAGCCCCAGGGAUGCGCCCGCGGCUGGAAGAAAGGGAGACCCUUCCCAGGACCUCGCCCUGGCCGUCUGCCUGGCUGUGUUUAUCACAUUCUUCGUGGCCUUCUGCCUGGGGGCUUUCAGCAGGCCUUUCAUUGACAGACUGUGGCACCAGAGAUGCAGACGCAAGGGGCCCAGCUCGGACCGCGCGGAUAACGCAGAUAACGCGUACUGGAAUGAGGGCUUCUGCGGCGACAUGGAAGCUUCGGGGAAGGCCCAGCACCGGAGGACAGAUCGGCCCCUCCAAGAGCCUGCCGUCCUCCACGCUGCUGUCAUCCCCGAUGGAGCCGCAGGAGAGGGCAGACGGGAGCAGGACCACUGGCGGAGCGGGGAACUGGGCAGUGACAGCAGAGGGCCAGGAGGGGGGAAGGAUGACAUACUUCUGAGUGACCGUGCAGCCCGUUCCGCUCCCCCAGGACGUCCAAAUGCUGAUCAUAACCAACGAAUUCCAGCAGGACGGGAUCACAUCCGCAAGGAAUAUGUUCUCGGGGAAGUAAAUUAUGCGACUGGGGCCCAGGAAGGUUCUCCCCGCACGCCUCCAGGAGAAAUGGCAGCUUCUCUCUCCAAAAUGCAAAUGCAUGUGAACGCAGAGAGGGCUGGAGAGAAUGAGAGGUUCCCUUUGGAGUUUUCCAAGGAAAUGCAAGGGGGCGGUUACCUGAAUUUGCUGGACACACAGCAGCAAAGGCUCCAGGAGACCAGCACUGAAGAAGAGCCUCCCACCUCCCACAGUGCAGUCCCACUGAGGGACUGGGGAGAGCAGAGCCCAGCGCCACCCGUCUUUCCUCCAGGCUGGGGCCAUGACGUGCCGGUCACUCCCACUAACAUGGAACCGGUGCAGAAACAGGCUCCUUCGAGCCCUCAGUAUACAAUGGACAACAACUAUGGAUCUGAUUCCGAUGAAGGGUCUUUAUUUACUCUAAGUUCGACAAGUUCGGAGGAUGCAAGAAAUGAGACCGAAGAAGAGACACAUGGCGGGGACAGCCACAGAGCCAGCGAGCCCCCGGAGGAUGGGGACCCAGGGGUGAGGAGGGACCAUGUUACAUCACUGGAGGAUCCUGACGACCAUAUCCCCUGCCAGAAGAUUCUGGAGGAGUGUGAGAAUCAGGAGGAUUGUUUUGAAAAAUCUCUCAUUUCUGGUCCAGACUCUGGUUUGUGUGAGAAUUGUCUAGAAGGUGCCUCUGACACAGAUACAUGUGAGGGUGAACAGACCUUGCCUGGAUGGCUGGGAGGUAACAGCCCCUCCAGUGAUGAGCUUCCAGGCACCGUCCUCGGUUAUUACGCCGCAGCUCUCCUAUCGGAGACGGUAACGUGGCGUCACUCACUGAGAGACUUAGAGUUUUUCAACGCAGAUGUUGUACCACAAACACCGCCAUGGUCGGCUGAAGGUUCCUCAGACCCUGACAAGAGCGACAGUCACGAAAGAGACUCAGACAUUUAUAAACACGAAGGCUGCCUUCAGGAAAUAAACACAGUUCAACAUGAUAUUCCUCUCAAGAUCACUGCAGGUGAAACCUCGCAACCUGCACAACAACAUUCGGAAGGGGGCCACAGGAACUCCCACCUGAUGGACACCGAUGCGAGCCCUCUGGAGGACUCGGUUUCCAGAAAGGUUAGAAGCCGAACACAGGUGUUACAAUCCAGUAGCGAUGAGCCGACUCUCCAGUGUGAAAGAGGAGAGGGGGGUUGUGCUGAAAACGGUUCCAGGAGCCAGACACCGUUAUUUCAAGAGCCCCCAGAUGAACCCAGCUCACCAGGAGCACGCGAGCCCGUCGCUGAUAGACAGGGGAGUAAAUACUCAGAAGCGAACCUGCUACAGUCAGAAACAGACCACGUCCACGUCCACGUUCAAAGGCAGACCCGGGGCCACCUGUGGGGAGCUGGCCGGCUGCACGAGGGCCUGCUCUACUACGAUGCGGAACUUGAAAAUCAAAGGGAACUCAAGUAACAUUUUGCGUUCAGAUCGAAGUGCUUAGACGGACCCAGAUUUUCCGUCCGG